AAAAAUUUGCAUUGGUUUGUUGUCAACGUGGUGUUAGCCAGCGCUUUAUAUAAAUUCAAUUGUAUUGUAAACUUGCUUAUAAGAUGGCGAGAAAAGCUAGAAAACGCAAAAGUGCAGCUGCCGAAGCUGAAAUUGCUGGCGAAAUCUCCGUGUCUGAAAAUGUAAAACCGGAAAAAGUGGACCAAGUAAACGACGAACCGUAUGCUAAAACUAAAAAAGAAGACAUGGUACAACUGAAAAUAGAACACUGCAAGUCCUGACGGGUAUAUGGUCGCAAUGCACAGCUAGUGUUAGAUGCAUUGCAGACAGUGGAACCAAAUUUGUCGAGUUCUAUUAACCCAACAAAACCAAGAAGCAAAUCUUUUGAAGUUUCCAUUGUAAAAGAUGGUAUUGAAACUGUAAUUUGGUCUGGUGUCAAAAAGGGGCCACCACGAAAAUUGAAAUUUCCAUCAAAGGAAGAAAUUAUUGAAUGCUUUCAAAAUGCGGAAUGUGUUAAAAAAUAAACUGAAUAGUCUUGGUCUUUAACCCUUCUCAAAGAUUUGGAAUAUUACCAUCAUUCCUGGACCUAUUGUUUAAAGUCAAACAUUUAUUUACAUUAACAAAAAAUGUGUCCUAUACUUCCAAUAAAUUUCCCCGUUACCCUUAAUUCGUUAUUUUUUUGCUAUUGUUAGGAAGUCCAGCUCAUGACUUUUUAUGCUAAAAUCGAAUUUUCUUGGGCAUAAAAAUGAUAUUUUUGGACUUUUCUAACAAAAAUAGCUUUCAUUUCUAUAUUUUCAAGCUU